AUGUCGAAAUAAACAGAGAAAUAAAUCUAAAAUUAAUCUUUAAACUCUGCAACCAGUGGGUAGAUAGAUGAGGGAAAAAAAUCUGAUUUUAAUUUUAAACAUGAAAGUAGCUAUAGUUCAAACGAGAAAGAUUUAAAAUAACUCUUGGAAAUAUCAGAUAUUUUGAAUAAAAAGAAAUAGCCUAGAAGUAAUAAAUGGGAAUUAGUAAACUCUGUUAUGAACAAUUUGAAAGAUGACUCUGAUAAAUAUUUAAAUUAGCGCUUUAUUGUUUUGGAAGAAAAUUGUUCUUAAAAUUUUUUUAAAGAUAAAACAGUUUCAAAGGGAUCUAAAAGCUAAAAUAAUUCCUCAGCUGAUUAAUUAAGCAAUUUAUCUGACAAAACAAUUUAAAAAGCAAAUUUUGCUUAAUCUAAAAAUGACAGUAGCUUAGGAAAUACAUUUUAAAGUUAAGAAGAAUCAAAUUACAUUACUAUUCACAAAAAAUCUUCAAAAGGAUCAAAUCAGAGCAAUAAAAUAUAGGAAGAAAUUAAAUCUAAUAAACUAGCAAGUAAUUAAAUAAUAUAAGCUCAAUCAAGUCAAGAAGUUUCUGCAAAUGCAAACUCAAAAGAUUAUUCUGUAGUAUAAAAAGUAAAUUCAGAAUCCUAUGAAAUUGAACAAAAACUUAGUACUUAAUCAAUUGGCAAAAUUACUUCGUCUUCUUAGUCUGAUGGAAAGGACUAUACUUAAGAAUAUUCAAUAUCUUCUAAAUCAAAUAGUUUAUCUUUAUCAUCUAAAGAAUAAUAUAAUUCUUCCAAUCAAUCAGAUACAAUAUCUUCCAAAUAAUCAUAUACUUCUUCAAAUAAAUCGUAUACUUCUUCAAAUCAAUCAUAGACUUCUUCUUAUCCAUCAUAAACUAAUUCCAAGGAAUAAAAUGCUUUAUCUAAAGAUUCUUGCAACUCUUCAAACGAAUCAAAAUAUUAACCAAAAGAUUCAUUCACUUCUUCAAACGAAUCAAAUAAUUAAUCAAAAGAAUAAUUUAAUUCUUCUUAAUAAAUGCUUAGUUAGCCAAAGGAAUCAUUCACUUAGACAUCAAUAAAACAUUAAAAAAAAAUUAAUUAAUAUUAAAAUUAAGAAAAGCUAGCACAAAAUAUGCAAGAUGACUUGACAAAAAUUGAUAUUGAAGAAGACAGUGAAAAUUUUGAUGAAGUCAUAAAUGAUUAAAAUAUUGAUAUUUUAAAAGAAGAUACUUAUAUGAAAAUUGAUUAAGUUAUAACAAUAGAUAGGAAUAAGGCAUAUUUGGCAAUUAGCAAGAGUAUUAUGAAGUUUAACGAGUAUUUAAAUCAAAAUAAACUUAGAAUGCUGUCGAAAUAGACUAAAAUCAAUUAGGUAGAUUAAUUAGAAGAGGCAAUUGAAAAUUUAAAGUAAUCCGAAUAAAAUCAUUACAAUAAAUAAUUAAUUCAAUAAAUAAGCGAUGAGUUGAAGAAAAAAUUUAUUGAAGAGGAUUUAAAAGAUGAAGAAAUAAUAAUUAAAAACAAAUUUCUUAUUGAGUAAAUAAAAAAUUAAGUAAAAUGUACUAACAAGAAGUACAUAGAAAGAAUCUUUGUUGCAAUAUAUAGACGAAGAUACAAAAUAACUAAAUAUCUUACAUCUGGAGGACAAGCAGACAUUCUUAUUGGAACAUAUUUAGAUGAUACAAAUUAAGAAAAGGAAUACGUGUUAAGAAUAGUUUCUUCAGAUUAAGAUACUUACGAUUACAUAAGGGAAGAAUUUGAGCUUGUUAACAAAUUUUAAAAAGCAUCAAAUAUUAUCAAAUAUUAUGAUUCAAUCUAUUUAGAAGAUAUAUACACUGGGGUUUUUAUUGUAGAAAAAUGCUCUGGAAGUCUUACAGAUACACUUAGAAGCAAAAGAAAUAACAAUGUUAAUUUCACUGAGUAAGAAAUAUUCAAAAUAGUUUUUGAUUUAGUGUAAGGAUUGGUAGAAAUGAGAUCAUAUAAUAUACUUCAUUAGGAUAUUAAACCAGAUAAUAUUUUAAUCAAUCGAAAAGGAAAUUAUAUAUAUUCUGAUUUUGGUUGUUCUAGUAAGUUCUUAGACGGUCUUGCAGAGAAUAAGGGUUUCACGAUGAAAUACUGUGCUCCUGAGCAGUUGAUUGAGGAAUACUUUACAAACUAUAAAGCAGACAUAUAUUAAUUGGGUAGAACUAUUUAACAGGUAUUAGAGCUAUAUGAGAAGUUUAGAGGAGUAUAAACAAAAUUCAUAAAGGACCUAAAUAAUAUUAUAUUUUGUAAUAUGUUACAGGAUUAACAAGAUAAUAGAAAAGAAUGUGUGGAUAUUUUAAUUCUUUUAUCUGAUUCAAUAGUAGAAUCGCAACAAAAAAGCUACGCAGAUAAAUUUAUUGUGUGGAUUGAAGAGCAAACAAAUAAAUAGCAGAUUAUUUAAGAAAGAGAAACUAACUUCAGCUUAAAAUCUUUGAUCACAUUUCAUUUUAUUUGGUUUUAAUUAAAGCUUUUUUAAGGAGGAUAUCAGCUCCUUAUUUAAAAAAAAUCAGAAUAACAGCUUUUAAAUGAAAUAAUUGAAAAAAUUUACACUGAUUUUUCUGCACUCAAAAAUACUCAAGGAAAUAUUUAAUUUUCAUAGCAUUUAACUUCUCUUUUAGAAAUUUUAUACAGCUUGGUAGAAGUCUUCAAUUAAUAAAAUAAUUGUGAGACUGUUUACAAAAUCGCUAGCUUUUUAAUGAAGAUAUCGGAAGAAAUAGAUCAUCAAAAUGAAGAACUGUUUGAAAAUGCAAUUAGAUAUUUAUAAUAAUAGAUGUUUAAAAAAGUAGAUUUUUCUAAGUAUUUAGAUUAAAUUGAAGAUAGAGCAGAAUCUUAGAAUAAUUGUUAACUAUACACUUUUUUAGCCUAUGAAUAUUUUCAUAAUGAUAUAAGUAAAUCCUUUUACUACUCUUUGAAAGUCCAUGCUUAGAAUUAUUAAAAAUAUGUUGAAUAUAGUUAAACUUAAAACCUAAAUAAAAGUGAUUUUUUCACACUUGGCUAUUAUUAUUUAUAAUCAUUGUUCUUUAUUACUCAAAUAUUUACUGAAAUAAACUUGGAUUCAAUUGUUAUAAAUCAUAUCUAAUUUAUAAGAACAAUAUCUAAUAAUUUAAAAUUAGGAAAAUUAUUUGAACGAUAGUGGGCUAAUUUGGGAUUAUCCUUUUAUAAUAUGAAAUAAUACAAGAAAGCUUUGGUAUUUUUUCAAGAAGAUAUCAAACAAUAAUCUUCAGAAAAUCGUAAUUAAAGUUUUAAUUUUGCUUACUCUAAGUUCAAAAUUGCUUGUUGCUAUUUCGAAUUAGGAUAGUUUGAAUCAGCAGAAAAGGAAUUCUUAGAGCUUGAGGAAUUUUUUGAAAAGCAACUUAAAAAUAACUAAUACUUUUACACUUGUUUUAUAAAAAUAAAAACUUUUUCAUAUUUAGGUGUUAAUUUUGAUAAUAAAGGUUAAUUUAAAUAAUCUAUAAUUUACCACUCAAAGGCUCUUUAAGAAUUAGAAAAUCUAAAUAAUAAAAAACAUACACUCUAUCAGGCUUUUUACCCAUACUGUUUGUUUAAGCUUGGUAUGUGCUAUUGCUAGCCUGACACUUAUGAUUAAAGUCAAUCAAUAAUCUACUUUACUAAAUUUUUAGAAACUACGAAAGAAAAAGACUUAUGUGAAUUAGAUAUAGAUUAAAGAUAGGCAGUAAUAGUUUCCUUAAAUGGUUUGGCUUAUUUUUACUUUAUAUCAAACAAAUUCUAGGAAAGUGAGUUAUAUUAUACAUAACUUAUAAGGGUAUUUAUAUAAUUUAGUGAUUAUGGAAAUUAAAUUUUCGAAAUAGGCAUUAAUAAUUUGAUGACAACGAUGAUUCAAUUAGAUUAAACUGAAAAUAAUUUUUAUCUUAAAUUUAUAGACUUAGUAAUUGAAGUCGUUUAAGGUAAAAAAAUUACAGAUGAUUAAUAAAAAAAUAAUAUAAUAGAAGAUAUAUAAACAGCCUUUUAAUAUAGUAAGGAGUUAGAAUAAGAGGAUAUGUUUUUAAAAAAUAACCAAUUAAUCUCUCUUUUAGAGCAUUUUAAUUUAAAAGAAGAAAUUUAUAUAACAAUACUAAACUACCAAGCUUAAGUUUUGUUUGAAAGUGCAUAAUAUGAUCAAGCUAUUAUUUUUUAUGAAAAAUCCCUUCCUACUAUGAUAAAUAUUUACAGUCAUCCAAACGAAUUUGUAGCAAUUGUUUAAAGCGGUUUAGGUAUGGCUUAUCACUAAAUUAGAUAAUUUUAGGUUGCCAUCAACUAUUACAACUCUGCUUUAAAAACCAUGAAGGAUUUAGACUAUUAUGAAAACGAAGAAACACAUUAAGACAUGAUAGAUUGCAUUGACAGAAUUUUAAUCUGCUUUCAAGGAUUUGGAAAUACACCUUUAGCCCUUGAAUUUUAUUAAAAUUUUGAAGAUAUAAUGCCAUUUUUAUAUGAAUAAUCUCAUCCCUCAAUAAUUAAGUUCAAUUCUUAAUAUGAAACUUGCAAGAAAAAAUUAAAUUCUUUAUGA